AUGUCUCCUCCUGUGUCUCCUCCUGUGUCUCCUCCCCUGUUUUCUCUUCCUGUGUCUCCUCCCCCUGUUUUCUCCUCCUGUGUCUCCUCCCCCUGUUUUAUCCUCCUAUGUCUCCUCCUGUGUCUCCUCCCCGUGUCUCCCCUGUGUCUCCCCCUGUGUUCUCCUCCUAUGUCUCCUCCCCCUGUGUUCUCCUCCUGUGUCUCCUCCUGUGUCUCUUCCCCCUGUGUUCUCCUCCUAUGUCUCCUCCCCCUGUGUUCUCCUCCAGUGUCUCCGCCUGUGUCUCUUCCCCCUGUGUUCUCCUCCUAUGUCUCCUCCCCCUGUGUUCUCCUCCAGUGUCUCCUCCCCUUGUGUCUCCCCCUGUGUCUCCGCCUGUGUUCUCCUCCUAUGUCUCCUCCCCCUGUGUCUCCUCCUCCUGUGUCUCUUUCUAUGUCUCCUACUGUGUCUCCUACUGUGUCUCCUCCCCCUGUGUCUCCUCCCCCUGUGUCUCCCCCUGUGUCUCCUCCUCCUGUGCCUCCUCCUGUGUCUCCCCCUGUGUCUCCUCCUCCUGUGCCUCCUCCUGUGUCUCCUCCUCCUGUGUCUCCUCCUAUGUCUCCUACUGUGUCUCCUCCUAUGUCUCCUCCUAUGUCUCCUCCCCGUGUCUCCCCUUGUCUCCUCCUAAUUCUCCUCCUGUGUCUCCCCUUGUCUCCUCCUACUUCUCCUCCUGUGUCUCCUCCUCCCCCUGUGUUCUCCUCCUGUCUCUCCUCCCCGUGUUUCUCCUUCUGUGUCUCCUCUUGUGUCUCCUCCCCGUUUUCUCCUCCUAUGUCUCCUCCCCCUGUGUCUCCUCCUGUGUCUCCUCCUGUGUCUCCUCCUGUGUCUCCUCCCCAUGUGUCUCCUCCUGUGUUCUCCCCCUGUGUUUCCUCCUCCUGUGUCUCCUCCUGUGUCUCCUCCUGUGUUUUCCCCUUGUGUUUCCUCCUCCUGUGUCUCCUCCUGUGUCUCCUCCUGUGUCUCCUCCUGUGUCUCCUCCUGUGUCUCCUCCUUCUCCUCCUGUGUCUCCUCCCCCUGUGUCUCCUCCUGUGUCUCCUCCUGUGUCUCCUCCUGUGUCUCCUCCCCCUGUGUUCUUCUCCUGUGUCUCCUCCGGUGUCUCCUCCGGUGUCUCCUCCGGUGUCUCCUCCGGUGUCUCCUCCUCCGGUGUCUCCUCCUCCUGUGUCUCCCCCUGUGUCUCCCCCUGUGUCUCCCCCUGUGUCUCCCCCUGUGUCUCCCCCUGUGUCUCCUCCUGUGUCUCCUCCUGUGUCUCCUCCUCCUGUGUCUCCUCUUCCUGUGUCUCCUCCUAUGUCUCCUCCCCUGUGUCUCCCCUUGUCUCCUCCUAACUCUCCUCCUGUGUCUCCUCCCCCUGUGUCUCCUCCUCCCCCUGUGUUCUCCUCCCGUCUCUCCUCCCCCUGUUUUCUCCUCCUAUGUCCCUCCUCCUGUGUCUCCCCCUGUGUCUCCUCCUUUGUCUCCUCCUCCUGUGUCUCCCCCUGUGUCUCCCCUUGUGUCUCCUCCUUUGUCUCCUCCCCCUGUGUUCUCCUCCUGUGUCUCGUCCUGUGUCUCCUCCCCCUGUGUUCUCCUCCUGUGUCUCCUCCCCCUGUGUUCUCCUCCUGUGUCUCGUCCUGUGUCUUCCUCCCCCUGUGUUCUCCUCCUGUGUCUCGUAUAUUUGCCAAUCUCAAAGUGACAAAAAAAACGUAA